CAUCCGCACACCACGUGACCUACUUCUCCCACGUCCUUCAGUUCAUUCAACACCAUGGCUGUGGAUGCUGCGGAUGCUCUCUGCUGCAUCCUGCAUCCGCGCCGGCUCUCCCUCAUCUUUCUCACCGCGAUCCUUUCUUUUCUGCCAGCCCCGGCUGUGGCGCUGCUUGGCGUUCGCCCCGAAGACACUCAGAGCGGGGAUGUGUCCGUGCAGGACGGGAUUUUGAGGGCGACCGAGGGGGCUCGCUUCAUGCUGAGGGUUUACUACUCCGAGCAUCCUAACAGCGCGAACAUCAGCGGGAGACCUGACGCCGCACCUGCAGCUCCGUGGAUCGCCUUCAUAGAGGAGCCGAGCGGCGGCAGCAAGGAUGCGGAGAGAGGACUCCGCUCCAAGGGAGACCCGUGUGAGGAGGAGAGCUCCCGGAGCUCCGACAUAGAACUGCUGGGCUCCUUCAGGUCCACCUCAAGUCACAACUCUGUUCUGCUUGAGUUGCUGGCCAAAGACUUGCGCAAAGAUGAGGUGAUCAAAUACUACUCCAUGUGUGCGUUUGACGGAGUGAAAUGGAAGCACUUCAGGACGAGAGACUUCUGGCUGGCUGUGGUGGAGAGACCUCCAGAGCCAGAUGCUUGGCUCCAAGCGGGGGUCUCUGUGCUUUUAUUAGCGCUAUCUGCCCUGUGCAGCGGGCUGAACAUCAGCAUGCUGGCUCUUGACCCCGUGGAGCUGCGGGUCCUGCAGAACAGCGGCACAGAAAAGGAGCAGAAAUACGCACGGAAAAUAGAAUCCGUGCGUAAACAUGGGAACUACAUCCUCUGCACUGUGGUGUUGGGCAACGUCCUCACAAAUACGUGUUUUGUGGUGUGGAUGUGCCAGAUUUUAGGAAUGACCGCACUAUCGACUACCUCCUGCACUUUGGGGAUCUUCUUUAUCGGAGAAAUAUUACCCCACUCCGUUGCGUCCAGGCACAGCCUCGCCAUCGCCUCCAAAACUCUUUGCGCCACCCGUUUGCUAAUGCUAAUUUUCUUCCCCAUUGCAUACCCGGUGUCCAAGAUCCUGGACAUCAUGCUGCACCAGGAAAUCAGCAGCUUUUACACCAGGGAGAAGCUGGUGGCCAUGCUGCGCGUCACGGAUCCAUAUCAUGAUCUGGUCAAGGAGGAGCUGAACAUCAUCCAGGGAGCCCUGGAGCUGAGGACCAAAACCGUGGAGGAUGUCUUGACCCCUCUGACAGACUGCUACAUGCUAUCAUCAGACGCGGUCCUGGACUUUUGCACCAUGUCCGACGUGAUGCAGAGCGGCUUCACCCGAAUUCCGGUCUAUGAGAACGACAGGUCCAACAUUGUGGACAUCCUUUUCGUGAAAGACUUGGCCUUUGUGGAUCCGGACGAUUGCACUCCAUUGAAAACAAUCACGCAGUUCUACAAACAUCCCAUGCACUGCGUCUUCAGUGACACCAAGCUGGACGUGAUGCUGGAGGAAUUCAAGAGAGGGAAGUCUCACCUGGCCGUGGUGCAGCGGGUGAACAGCGAAGGCGAGGGGGACCCUUUCUACGAAGUGAUGGGCAUUGUAACGCUCGAGGAUGUGAUCGAAGAAAUCAUCAAGUCUGAGAUUGUGGAUGAGACAGACCUGUACACUGACAAUCGGACCAAGAGACGAGUGUCCCACCAUGAGAGAAAGCAACAGGAUUUCUCUAUCUUCAAGCUAGGAGAAAAUGAGCUGAAAGUGAAGAUUUCUCCCCAGCUGCUGCUUGCCACACACCGUUUCUUAGCGACAGAAGUGGAGCCGUUCAGGUUGUGUCACCUGUCGGACAAGAUCCUGCUGCGCCUCAUCAAACACCCGAGUGUCGUGCAGGACCUGAAGUUUGACCCCAAGAACAAACACGCUCCUCAACACUAUCUUUAUCAGAGAAACAAACCAGUUGACUACUUCAUCCUCAUUCUGCAGGGACGGGUGGAGGUGGAGAUCGGAAAGGAAGCUCUUCGGUUUGAAAAUGGAGCCUUUUCCUACUAUGGCAUGCCAGCGCUUAUCCCACCACUGCCAACUGUCCACAGAUACAGCUCUCGAAGCAGCGGCCUGAACCAGUCAGACUUGUUACUGAGCGGGGGCAGCUUGGGGCAGCUCACACCGGGCGGAGGGGCCUAUUUACCAGACUACUCAGUGCGGCAACUCACAGACCUGCAGAUCAUCAAGAUCAGCAAGAACCAUUACCAGAAUGCCAUGACAGCCACCCGGAUGGACAGCACUCCUCAGACCCCCGAUACUGUGGAUCCUGACAUUAAAGGGAGACCCCCAGGCCCAGAGGCUCGCUCAAACAGCAUCGCUCUCCCACUAAUGAGCACACACACUCGACUGGGGCUGGCGCGCUUUGCACACCUCCAUCCAUACGGUGGCCUUCACAGCACCUCCCAGCUCAACGAGAGAAACCGCAUUGUUCGCAGUAAAUCUGAUGGGCAGAGGAGUCCAAAUGAUACAGUGUUCCUUCGCAUGGAUGAGAUUCCUUACAUCCAUGAAGACCGACCGGAAAGUUCUGCUGACAAUGAUGUGCCUACAGAGCCGUCCACCUCCCCCUUCAUCAGCUCCCUGUCCCUGUCCAGCUCAGAGGAGAACAUGGGAAAGAAGCUCCUGCGUAAACUGAGUAACAAGAGGAGGAAAAAGUCUCGAGAAGGAGAAAAGAGUUUGGAGGAGGAGGAGGGGUCAGAGCAGCCAUCGGUAACAAGCUAGUCCAGCAAAAUUAAGGAGGAGGGAUAAAUCAUGCACACCCUUCCUCUUGUUAUUCCCUGGACACCCUGUGUACCUAAAAGUUAUUUGAACUUGUUCAACUCUUCUUCACCCACUUAUAAAUCCUCAGGACCCCUGGAUACAUUUGCCCUCUUUUUGCCUGAAAAAAAAAAAAGAACUUGAUAGGACUUACUUUAACAACACAUCUGACAAGUGAAAUCUUUCAGCAGACUGCAUGGGCUUCAUUCAGUUUUAUCCACUUUCUUGGUGCAAAUCUUCUCCAUGCUACCUUUUAAUGGUGGGUAUAUUUACAAUGUUGAACAAAAUACCUUACACUGAAAUACCAAAACAUCAAAGUAUGAAAGAGGGUUUACUUGAACAAACAAAAAAGUGUUUGGUAAUUAUUUUUUCAUUAUUAUUGAUACUGUGCGGUCGUUUCCACAUUCUAGAAAAUGUCUGUGAAAGAAGCUUAUGAUGUUGCCAAAUAGGGGCCCGACUACUGCCAGCACAACUGACAACACAAGGCGAAAUAGAAAAAGGCCACCAAACAGGAGCACAAUUUUCACAUAGCUUCUUAAAAAGCCAUAAAAUUGCCAAUUUUCAGUCUGAUUGUAAAGAAAUGAGGUAAAAGUUAAAAAAGAGAGCAAAGUUUCUUUAGUUUAUAUCUAUAUGGAAGUGUCAACAUUACCAAUGUAUGUGAUACAAAAAUAACAAUGCAAGUCAUAAAAAAAUGCUUUAAUUGCCUAGAUUCAUGAACACAUUACAUCCUUUUCUAGAUGCUAUCUUCUAACUGAAAUGCUUUUUCUACAUAAACACUAUAUUUACUUUUCCUGUCAAAACAUUCCCGGCUGUCAACAAGUAGCCAAAUGGGCAUAACUGCAAUAAUUCUACCCAACAAACAUCCUCAACUUUCUACUGACUUGAUCGCAUCCAGUAAAACUGAGUCUUGGGAAUUUUAUCACCUGCUUAUAGCCAAAUGUAGGGGAGCUUUAGAUAUCAAUAUUGUUUUUUAUCUGUGCCAGUCACUAAAGCUGUAUACACCAGCUAAAUAAUAAGCUCAAAGGGUGUAGGGAUUAGGGAUCUCUGGAUCUGGGGAUUCAAACAGAUAGCUGCUGCAGUGCUAUCAAAUGUAUUCACACCCCUUGAAUAUAGUUUAAUAUGUCACAACCAGAACCUGUUCAGAUUUUAUUUGAUAGUGCAACUCAAAGAAGUGCACAACUAUGAAGUUUCAGACUGAAUGUUAUUUUUUUAUUUUUACAAAUGUAUGUGGUGACCAAUUAAGGUAAUUAGACUGGGUUUAUUUAAUAGUAUCAAAAUAAAGGGGAUUGAAUGCAACUGGUUGUUAUUGUCCCUAUAUAUUUCUUUAAAAACUGAUUGAAAAACAAAUUUCCUCUUACUUCACAAUUAUGAGGUGAAAAAUUACUAUGUGAAAAAAAUAAUAAAUCAUAUUGAAGUAUGUGGUUGUAACAUGACAGAGCAUGGGCAAAGAGGUAUGAAUACAUUUGGAAGUGACUGUAUACUUGCAUGUUUGUUUCUGCUCCUUGUACUGUAACCCUGCAAAGGUCCUGUUUCUCUUAUGCAUGCUAAUGUAAAAAGAAACUAACCUCCCUGUGAAAGUGAAGUCUGCAGUUAGUCUAAGUAGAUUUUAUAAGUCUGACAAACACUGCAGGCUAACAUUUAACACAAAAUACCUUCAUAUAAUAGAGAAACUUUAAUGAAAAGGCUUCUUUAGGAGCUCAUAAUAAGGCACAGGAGGACAGAGGUCAUUUGAAAGACAUGCCAGUGAACUUACUCAGAUAAUCCUACAUUACUGCAAUAAUGAAAUGGUAUGGGUUUUUUUUUUUUUAAAUAAGAGCAGAUUUAGGUUUAAUAUUUGCUGAUCUGUAUUUUGAAAUUGUGCCAGGAUCACUGCCAAACAGAGCACAGGCAGAGAUUUCAGUGACGGAAGCAAUUGAAUCCACACUGACGUCAAGUCAACGCCCCCCCUGUUCACCCUCUUCAAACGCAGGAGAUGUUUGGAGACACUCCCUGAUUUAAUUCAUUCUGCGGGGGACAACAGUGUAAGUACAAAGGAUCCUGCACAGCUAAGCUACUCGGAGUGAUCUGGCAAGCGCAGGAUACUCAGGGGUAAAAGUGUCCUGAUCCGACAGCUGACUCAGACCGAGAGGAUUUGAACGUGGCGUAAAAUGCUUCUAGAGAAUUUAUAGAUUUGUUGGGACUGGUAAAAAUGUUUUGGAUUAAAAAAAGAAUGAAAGUUAGGUUUUGCUAUGUAAAAUCCAAAUGACUAUAUGACGAUGUAAAGAAACAUAUCAUUUGAUCUAAAUGAAAGAUUAUAUUAAUAAAUUUACUAACCUGUUACUCCUGCAAUGUUUGUUUUGUUCCCAUUGUUUAGCAUUAUCAAUUUAAUUUCCUACAUUUUUAUGAUAUGCAAACUUUGCAAUAUUUUUAACAAGAUGUACAGAAAGGUUGUAAAGAUAACCCUCAUCAACUGAUUUAGAAACAAUACAAGCAUAAUACUCAUAAGUCUUUAUUGGAAAUAACCUUCCAAUCAACUCUUUCAGCCUCAAUUAAAUUGCUUAUCAGUCUGUUUGUAAGUGUUCUGUACAUAGAGAUGUGAUAGCAGGCUGGUUGAUCAUUAGUGUUUUUUUUUUUUUUCCGAGCAACAACUCUUGCACAA